AUGGAGCUUGCUUCCAACUUUUCUCUCUUGCACGCCAAGCUGUCAAAGCUCGGAUUUCGUGACUGGGACUCGGUGAGCGAGGGCGAUGUCAUGACUGGCAAUCCCCACACCUACUCGCUCUUUCUGCGGUUUCUUUACCACCGCUUUCCUGCCGCCACCGCGGCACUGAUUCGCAAGCACGACUGGUUCAUCCUGGAACACAGCGACGGAAAUGUUGGUGCAGCAACGGUGCGGCUGCUAGCGGCGGAGACGGGUGAGGUGCAUGGCUUUUCGGGUGUCCAAUUCGGUCGUUGCAAAUACGCAUCGGCAAAGGUGGCGAUGUGCCAUUCACUUUUGCGUCUCCUCCGCUCCCUCACGCCGCAGCCCUCGACCGAGAGACCCCCGGCACGCGUUCCUAUAGCAUCUCGGCCCCCGAGGGAGGCCUGCAAGCUGGCCACCGCUUUACCUGCACAGCCGUUCGCGGCGGCACUGGUAGACAAGCGAAGGCGUGCACUCAACUCCCUGCAACGUUCCUAA